AACCUAGCAAUUUAGUGAGAGCUUGCUUCAAAACAAAGAGAAGCACAGAGAGAGAGUUACCUAGGUUCAAUCCACGCAAGAACACACAAGUUACCGAGAAAAUUUAAGACUGUGUUGAUCCACAGGCAUCAACUGACCCUAACGUUGUGUUUGUGUAUGUGUGUGCACAAACGCUUGUGCCAGAGUUUGAACCCAGAGCCUUGUGCAUGCAAUGAACAGAGUACAACUCUGAGCAGCACCCCUAGCCAACAUUAUGAAAUUAAAGUGGAGAGGAAAUUUGCACUGUGCCAAUAAGGGGAACCUCUUGCUAAACUCUGUGCUGCGAUAGAAACUCACCCACCGGCCUACUAGCUAAACAUCAAUUCCCAGCAUGCCUCGCUCCUGAACGCAUCAUAGGGCCCUACCACACAGGAACUACAACUCCCGGGAGGCCUCUCGGCGCCGAACCAUCCGCUUUUCCCCGCCCCCGGCUUCCCCCACCCCCACCCCGUUAGAGGCACCGUGGCCGGCUCGGUCCCGCGGCCGGCUGAGCGGGCACGCGCGCCGGGGGUCGCGCGGCUGCCUAAGAGGGCGAGUGCGCGCCGGGAGGGAGUGGAGGCGUAGGGGGGCGGGGGUAGGGCUCGCCUGCUCGCAAGAUGGCGGACGAGGACGGGGAAGGGAUUCACCCCUCAGCCCCUCACAGGAACGGAGGCGGUGGCGGCGGUGGGGGGUCUGGGCUCCACUGCGCCGGGAACGGCGGAGGCGGCGGCCCGCGGGUCGUGCGCAUCGUCAAGUCAGAGUCCGGCUACGGCUUCAACGUGCGGGGCCAAGUGAGCGAGGGCGGGCAGCUGCGGAGCAUCAACGGGGAGCUGUAUGCGCCGCUGCAGCAUGUGAGCGCCGUGCUGCCCGGGGGGGCGGCCGAUCGGGCCGGGGUGCGCAAGGGGGACCGCAUCCUGGAGGUGAACGGCGUGAAUGUUGAGGGGGCGACACACAAGCAGGUGGUGGACCUGAUCCGAGCAGGCGAGAAGGAAUUGAUCUUGACAGUGUUAUCUGUACCUCCUCACGAGGCAGAUAACCUAGAUCCCAGUGACGACUCGUUGGGACAAUCUUUUUAUGAUUACACAGAAAAGCAAGCAGUGCCCAUAUCGGUCCCCACAUACAAACAUGUGGAACAGAAUGGUGAGAGAUUUGUGGUAUACAAUGUUUAUAUGGCAGGGAGGCAGCUGUGUUCUAAGCGGUACCGAGAGUUUGCCAUCCUGCACCAGAACCUAAAAAGAGAGUUUGCCAACUUUACGUUUCCUCGGCUUCCAGGAAAGUGGCCAUUCUCAUUAUCAGAACAACAAUUAGAUGCCCGACGUCGAGGCUUGGAAGAAUAUCUAGAAAGAGUUUGUUCAAUACGAGUAAUUGGUGAGAGUGACAUCAUGCAGGAAUUCCUGUCGGAAUCAGAUGAGAAUUACAAUGGCGUAUCUGAUGUAGAACUGAGGGUAGCAUUACCAGAUGGAACAACAGUUACAGUCAGAGUGAAAAAGAACAGUACUACAGACCAAGUAUAUCAGGCUAUUGCAGCAAAGGUUGGCAUGGACAGUACAACAGUGAAUUACUUUGCCUUAUUUGAAGUGAUCAAUCAUUCCUUCGUACGUAAACUGGCACCUAAUGAAUUUCCUCAUAAACUUUAUGUCCAAAAUUAUACGUCAGCUGUGCCAGGGACCUGCCUGACCAUUCGAAAGUGGCUUUUUACAACAGAAGAAGAAAUCCUCUUAAAUGACAAUGACCUUGCUGUUACCUACUUCUUUCAUCAGGCUGUUGACGAUGUGAAGAAAGGUUACAUCAAAGCAGAAGAAAAGUCUUACCAAUUACAGAAGCUAUAUGAACAAAGGAAAAUGGUCAUGUACCUCAACAUGCUAAGGACUUGUGAAGGCUACAAUGAAAUCAUCUUCCCCCACUGUGCCUGUGAUUCCAGGAGGAAGGGGCACGUUAUCACAGCCAUCAGCAUCACGCACUUUAAACUGCAUGCCUGCACUGAGGAAGGACAGCUGGAGAACCAGGUCAUAGCAUUUGAAUGGAAUGAGAUGCAGCGGUGGGACACAGAUGAAGAAGGAAUGGCCUUCUGUUUUGAAUAUGCACGAGGAGAAAAGAAGCCCCGAUGGGUUAAAAUCUUCACACCUUAUUUUAAUUACAUGCAUGAGUGCUUCGAGAGGGUGUUCUGCGAGCUCAAGUGGAGAAAAGAGGAAUAUUAGUUAGAGUCUGGUUAUCCCAAGUGAGCCAGGACAUUCUUCCAGCGGGGCUGACUUCUGGAUGGUGAAAUGGGCUAUGCAAAAGAGCCAGCUUCUUUUCUUGUCUAGAGGGUGUACUUUGGCUACAGGCUCUUCCAUCCUCAUGAUUUUGUGGACUCUCUUCUGUUGUUCUUGGGUGGUUUUGUUUGUUUGGGUUUGUUUGGGUCUCUGUUCUCCCUCAGUUUUAGCUAUCUGACUGGAUGGGUCAUGACAGAGUCCUUCUAGACUAAUGAUGGCAAACCUAUGGCAUGCAUGAAACAGCAGGCCUGUUUGUAUCAUUGAAAUCUGUAAAAUGGUCACCAUCACUGCUCUAGACUAACCAAGAAUGUGUAUGCAGGGGAAAGUUUUUGCUAUGAUAUGUCUAUGCUGGAACAGAAUUUAGAAGAUUGUAAAUAAUUAGGUGUUUGUUAUCAAAGAAAAUCAGUAGAUCAAGAGGUGAAGUCAGCCUGGUUCCACAAAAAAUUAAUUAAUUAAUUUAAUUAAAUAAAAAAGGAGGUAAAGUCAGGAACAUGAAAAUUUAUACUUUUAGUAUGGUACAAAGAAAACUGAGCUCUGGGAGUCAGAUCUGUUUCCUUGUAGCUCUACGGUUUUGGCUAAAUCAGUCUCCUUAAGUCUGACUUUUUGGGCCAGGGAGAUGGCUCAGUAGAAUAAACACUUGCCUGGUAAGUACAAGGGCCUGAGUUCAAUCCCCAGUUCCACAACAACAACAACAACAAAAGUGAAAUCUGACUUUUCUCUCCUGUGAAACAGGAAAGCUUAGCUGGGUGAUUAAUGUUCAAAGUCCUUCCCACUCUAAAAGGCUAUUAUGAUUCUUGAUAGGAAGUACAGUGAGGGGAACAGGCCAGCCAGAUAGGGUCAUGCAAUCAUACCACUUUAGCUUCUGUUUGAGGAUUGUCUCCACAUUAGAGGAGAUAUGGCUUCCCAAUAACUCUUACUUUCUUUAUUUUUUUUUCCCUUUCAGAACAUUUUCCAGAUGGCGAGGUCACAGCAGAGGGAUGUGGCUACCUAGCCUUUCCUUAUCCCCUUCCCUUCUCGCCUUCAUCCUCUUAUCCCUUUCAUCACCCUUGUCAGACAAAGUAACCGUUAACACAAAAGAUAAAGGAAAAGUCAUUACAUUCAGAAGCCCUAAACUAAAUAUUAUUAAUAACUCCCUCUGAAAUUGAGCUAGUAGAGAAAAACAGAUUGGUCAGUAUCAGAAAUCCACUGAGAUAAGACAGGAAAAGAAAUAAGCCCAACCAACUCGCUGAAGGUAUCUUUGUUCUUUCACCUGGGCCUCAUACCAACGACACUCCUUGUACUAUAUUUUUAAAACUGGAACUAUGAACUUCAUCCGUUUGCACUGUUCAGACAUAUAUAUGUAUGUAUGUAAAAAAUUAUAUAUACACAAAUUAGCUGCACGUAUAUACAUAUAUAUAUUUCUUUUUAAAUUUCAUAUUGAUGGCAGUACCUUUUUUAGCUUGUGUUUUUACACACCUUUCACUAGAAUUCAUGACCUCUCUCAUUCUCUUUAUUUUGAAACAAACUUUAAAAAGGAAAAAAAAAUUACAGGAAAAAUACCUCUCCUCAUGAAGGACUCGAAAAGUUUACAACCUGCUUGGUUUCUCCCCCCUUUUUUGUAUUGAGUGCAAUUUCUGGCUCAUGGGUUGCUGUCGAGUCUGAGGAGCAAGGAGUGUAGUAUCUUUAUCUUCCAAGAGGGCACUGGGAGGAGAAACAGGUGUGUGUUUCACAGGCACAAGGCUGCGAUCUGCAGAGAGUCUGAAGACCUGGUGUGGUCUCUUGAUUCCAAGACCGUUUCCUAGCCCACCUCUCUCACUCAUGGCUUUCUGGCCCAUUCCAUACCUCCUUCCUGCUUCCUCGGGCCCUCUGGUGUGCUUUUCCUCAGCUGCUCAGAGCAGACUUGAUGCUACAGGAACCCAAAACAUUUCAUGGUAGUAAUUGCUGAUCUUGCCUUUUCUACAGCAGGGGUGGCAUUAGGGACCAGAGUAAAGCUUGAUACCUUAGGCAUAAAGGUUGGAUUUGCUGAGGGAAAAGAAGCGAUACCCUGUGUACAUAAGGCUUUACCUACCCCAUUCCUGAACAGUAACAGCCAUAACUAUUAUAUUGUCUGUCACAUCCUAAAAAAGCAGUGUUGGGAAGGGACCUAACAGUAUCUUCAAGAUGGUAGGGAAACUUAGAAUAGGUCUAUGGUCUGUGCCAACCAAACCAUAGCCUUGUCCACACCAGCUGAGGACCCAGGAAGGAGUGGGAAUAUGGUCAGUUUAAGCCACAUCUCUACCUUUUAAGACUGAAGGAAAACUUUUGUAUUUCUCAAGGAGCUGCUUGUCUGACCUUGCAAUUAGAACUUUUGUGACCUACAAGCUACAUCCCAGGAUCAGAGACCAGGGCUGAUGCGUAAGACAAUGUUCCCAGCCUUUGUGCUCUAUACCCGUUACGUGAGGAGCCCUAAGUCUCGCUCAGGAGCAACUGAAACAUCUUCAAACAUUUUUGAGUAUUUUUUUCUCUCCCUUUCAAUUUCUAAAGAGAACUUCCAUAGGUUUUUUCUCAAGAUAUCUUCUGCCUUGUCUAGUUUAGAGGCAGUCAGAAUUGGUUAUAGUCAGUUCCACUGAGCAGUGUUGGGGUGGUUUGAAGUUUCUGCUUUGUGACUUGUUUUGUAGAUCAUUAUGAGGCCAUUUUUCUUUCUUUCUCACUGUUAUCCUAGUGGCUGUAGGCUCCCAGGGAGGCAUAAACUUGUAUAAAACAUCCUAGCCUCCUCACUUCUCCAAGUCCAAUCUAAGAAGAAUCACAGAUUUUAAAACACUAGAAUGUUCAAUGUUUAACAUUGGAGAGGGCAAUCCCUGCUUUGAAGGCUUUAUUUAGUACAGGCUCAACUCCUUUUUUCGGUUUAAAUGAAUUUAAUAAUGAGCCAAAGGAUCUUAAAAAGAAGAGAGGUUGAUUUCCCAGUCCAAGAUGCUAAAGAGUCUUUUGACAUGUUCAGACUAUAAAAACAGCAGCAAUGCAUCCCCACACUGUCAUAGUGAGAGAUGAAUGAACAAGUCCUAGAGUCUGCAGUGACAGACCAAAUGUUGGCCUCUGGAUAUGAGACACAGGAGGCCCCUAGAGUGGAUACAUUGUGCUGUGUUCCUUUUCUUACAUAGUAUCCACUUGGGUGUUUGGAGGUUGCGUAAGGGACCCCGUAAUAGUUGGCCUAGUAGAAACCUAGGACAGGCUUCUACUGGAAGCCAUGCCACUAAGCACCCAGCUGCAGCAAGGAGGGAGACCCCGUAGGAUGGUGCCUUCUCCUUUCUCACAUCAGGCCUCCAGCAGUGGAGGCAUAAGUCAUUGUGGCAGCAGAGGUCCUAGGAUCAAGCUCUUCUUUGCAUGAAGCAGUGUUAGGUAUGAUUCCACUUCCCCCUUAUCCCUUGUACUUUGUUUCUGUAAUCCCUCCUUUCCUUAGUCCCAGCUUCUGCCCAAGGAGGCAUCUGCCCAGUCAUCUUUUACAGACUCUGAAAAAAGAGAACCCACCUCACCCUCAGCUUCAUUCCAACAAAGUCAGAAGGAUCUUCCUGUUUUCUCACUGUCAUCCCAUCCACACUGGACUUCUGUCCCAUGGGGCAAAAGCUUAGAGUUUUUAUGAAACAAGAGAAAGUUGAGCCCCUAAGGAGCCUGUCCCAAUAGAAAGGUUCCCUUGGGCCAUAGUUUGAGCUUUCUGCUUUUCAUAUUUUUUACUUGAUUCUUACCUUUCUGGCCUCCCUAAGCCUAAACUCUACACAGGUACAAAUAUGUGCUCAGGGUCCUGUAGGCCUGGACAGAGCUUUCAGUGAGGAAUUAGAUAAAUAUUCCAGUGUCCUCAUGCUGGCCUAUUUUGUUUCAUCUUUUAGUUACCUGGGCCAGUGACUCUGGGUUAUCUCUUGUAGCUCAGAACCCAGCAACCAGGGCACUGACAGGAGGUGUGGCAGAUGACCUCUGUCUUAUCUCAAAUUUGCCAACUAGGGGCCUGGCUCCUGAGAAGCAAUUUUCUUAAAGGGAACUGCUUGCCAGGUGACCUGCAGUCUCCAGGCCUGGAGGAUGACUGUGCCCUCCUCUCUGUCCAUUACACUGGCUGGCUGGACUGAUGUAGUGGAAGACCUCUGCAUACUGCUGUUCCUUCACCAGCUUCAUUGGGUCACACUAACUUCCUUUUGAAGGGGAUGUAUGGCUGAUUACUACCCAGAGAAGGAAGGAGGAAAAAUGCAGGCAGUGGGAGUGCUUCUGUGGCCCUCAUCUUCCGGCUCAGCCUGCUGUUCUCUCCCCUAACCCUGACCAGAUCAUGCCAGUACAACAGUAGUUCAUUCCUCAGCGGUAACCCUGGAUGUAUUGAAAGUUAGGCUCUGGGAGGAACAGAACUGAAGAGAGGAAUGAUGUAGGGUGAGGCACUUGGCCAACUGCUAAACUUAGCAAUUUUCUGUCAUGCCCCCUUUUAAGCUGGUGAGCUGGGCUUUGGUUUUUCCCAGGUCAUGCACACUUUUAAUUUAUUUGAGAGAAAUUCUAGUUGUAUUUUCACUCCAGUAUCUUGUAUUUUUUAUUUGUGAUUAAGAAAUGUGAAGAGAAAAUACACAGACAUAUAAUGGCUAACAGUGUUUCUUUCAUUCCUUGUUCUAGAGCUAACCACUCCAAAAAUUGUUUGGUAACGUCAUUUAGUGUAAUUAAUUGUAACAUAUUCUUUUAAAUAAAUUGAUUUAUUGAUGAAACA